AUGCAGACAGUUAAGAUGACUUUUAGGACUGUGACCCCAAAGAAGUAUACAGUAAAAAAGAAGAAAGAUGAUAGCACUGAUAACAGUGAUUACGCUGAUGAGGAGUUCGUGAAGAAGUUGGUGUUCAUGGAUUCUUAUCCAACAAAAAAUGAUUUCAGCCAAUCAGCGUGCUUGUGGCUGGGCACGAGCCUAGGCUCCGCCUUCGUCCUCACCAUCCUGGCGUCUCCAUUGGUGGAGGAAAGCACGAAUGACGAGGCUGAUCACAAUCAAAACCUCGUUGUUGUCCCUACGUCCACCAUCUACCGUCUGAAAGGACCUCUGUUGGGCAUCUUCUUCCUGGAACCCUCCACCAACCCCGUCAUAAUCUCACCGCCCAAGAUGGCCUGGAAAGAUGAGGAGAGAUCGGCCUGCAGGAGGAGAGUGGAGGGAAAAAUUUCAGAGGCCAGCGAUAGCGCCCUCUUGGUCAUUCUCGUAUCGGACAGGCAGAUAAGGGUGAUCAGCGAGCCAAGCCAGGUCUGCUUGCACAAGUACAAGACGACUGAUGAUGGCUUCAUCGUCAAGGCUGAAGCGAUGAUGAUGAAAGAUGUCCCAGUACUGGUGGUCGCACUGACCAGCCACCACUUCCUGCUCCUCCAACUGCCAGCCCUCAAGAUCAUCUCUGACAUCAGCUGCGAGGAUAGAAUCGGCGAGUCGGGCAGCGGAAAGGCGAGCAGGACUCUGACCCAGCACGUGAACCACAUGGAGAAGUUGCAGGUUGGGGCUGAGACCUCGUGCUCCGAGAUUUCAAAAGCCAGACAGGCGGCCCUCGAGAGGGGCGAAAAGUUGAGUGACCUUGAGGACCGGACGGCCCUAAUGAAGGUCAACGCCGAGGUCUUCUCCGGUCUGUCCACACAGCUGAAGAAUAAGUACAAGGAGAAGAAGUGGUAUCAGUUGUGAUGGUGGUGGUGGUGGUGGUGAUGAUGAUGAUGAUGAUGAUGAUGAUGAUGAUGAUGAUGAUAAGAAUGAGGAUGGUGGUGAUGAUGAUGA